AUGGGGAACGAACAGUCGACCCCGCUUGCUGGAGGCGUGGUGGCGGCAGGCGCACCUGCUGCUGCUACACCCCCAAACACUCUUACCCAAGAGGAAAAAGCAGCUAGGUUCGCGGCGGAAUUGGAAAGGAAACGGUUGGAGAAUAUUGCGAGGAAAAGAGCGGCGCGUGAGGCCGUGGAGAAAAAGGCUGCGGCGGACAAGCAUGUUGCAAAUGAGCUUGCCGCUUCAAAAGUCGCGGAAUUACUAGGCAAGGUCGCGGAAGAGAACAAGCGAACCCAGGAGGAAACGAGAGCGGCCUUGAGCGCGAAGCUCGAAGCCCUUCCGCGACAGCUGGCUGAGCAGCGACGUCUCAUUGCGGAUAGGAGAGCCCCGCCAGCCACACCUGCAGGAGGUUUGCGGGCGGAACACAUCGAGCCAGUUCGCACUCGCGAUCCUCUUCCUGUCACGAACAAAGUUUCGACGAAGAAAGGAACAGCUGUUGCGAGCACAGCCCAGAAUUCUGAACGACGAGGGUCGAAUGAAGGUGGGUCUCCUACUGAGAAGCCAACAAAAACAAAGGCCCUGCUGAAUCGAGCCCGCAAUGACGAUGGCUCUCCGAGACGAGGAUCAAAUGACUCCGGGAUCGGGAUGCCAAAAUCAGCGGCCACGGACAACUCCAGGCCCAUCAAAGUUCCAACAGGUCCACGUCGCCGCGUUUCUUCGUCAAGUGACGAUGACAGAGGUAUGGYUCCACGAGCGACCAAGCGCCCGGCUGGUUCGCUGGCCGGGACCGAGGAGAGAUCUAAAAGACCAAGGGCCUCCAUUCCAGCAUCUGCAUCUGCAUCUGCAUCCGCGUCUCCGAAAUCUCCAGCAGCGGACCUCCCGGCAACGCCCUCUGGAAGCAUCGUCGACCUGCAACCUCCAUCUUGGUAUUCUGCCCUCGCUUUCGUACCAAAGCGUGGCGAAGCUGAUGCAGCUGUCGAGCCUUUGCUCAAGACAUUAAGGACAAAGAUUGGGUUCUGCAAGGAUCCGAGGAACAUGUCAGGUCCGAGAGACAUCCAGCAAAAAGCUUUCAAUGAUAUCAGGCGCCGUAUCCAUGAGCUCGUUUUCCAGACAGUUAAUGAGAAACUCUUGCGCAACAAUAGCAUGUUGCACAACGACAGAGGACUUCCUCAGCUGUUUGUGGAGCAAUACUCCGGUGGUGUCAAGUGGCCAUUUGACAUCAAAGCCGACGCCAAAGAACUCUACUGGAAAUGGUGCAAUCGUGUCUUCGAGACUGAUCUUCUUCGGGGUAUUAUCCCGGGAGGUGGCAAGUCUGGCGGCGACAGAAGCUCCGACAAAUUGGAUGACAAUUGGCCCUACAGAGUCAACCCAAGAUUUCACGGCAAUGGCCAGCUCGUCAACGGCCAGUGGUGGCCCACUCAACUCGCAGCUUUGCGUGAUGGUGCCCAUGGUUCUUCCCAAGGCGGAAUUUACGGAGAGUCUGGCGGAAGCGCGUACUCCUGUAUCAUGGCAGGAAACCACGAUUACGCGGACAAGGACGAUGGCGAUAAGGAUGAUGGUGAAGUCGUCUAUUACUGCGGCACAGACUCAUUCGAUGGGAAAGUAACAGCAGGAACCAAACACAUGAUUGCCAGUUGUGCGGAUGGUGAACCUGUUCGAUCAAUCCGCUCGCAUAAAGUCCAAUCCAAGUAUGCACCGGAAAUGGGGCUGAGGUACGAUGGACUAUACGAUGUUGUGAGCUACGAGAGAUUGGACCCAGAGUUUUCUCUCAGGCAGAGGCAUCGCUUCAAGUUGGUCAGAAGGAGCGGACAGGAUCCUAUUCGUGGCGGACAUGGGCCGGAGAAGAGGCCCACGCAGCAGGAAUGCGAGGCUCAUCAGAAGGAUAAGCGGUUGCGAGGCAUUGGUGGUGCCCCGAAGGCGCUCAAGGGAAAGAAAGGAGAGGUCUUUCCUACAUGGGGAUGA